AUGGCGACAAAAGGAUUGGAUUUGAUUGAUUUUUGUAUUUCCCAUAUUAAGGUUCAAACUUUACCACCAUGUAGCCCUUUUUAUUCGUUUGUUGCAAUGGCAAUAUCACCUCCCUAUAUGUAUUCCCUCAUCCUCCUCGUAUUGGAAUCAAAUCACAGCCCUUCCUCCGACAUGGCGAGCAAACCCGGUAACGACGACGCAAGCUCCAGCGAUGUCAAGGCUAAGCAUAUGUUCACCGGCGUUUUGCAAUCGAUAACAUCUAUGCUGCUUCUCUAUGCUAAGCAAACGAUUAUAGCUUCGAAAAAGUUGAACAACAAUACAAAGAUCUAUUUGGGGAUGCCGAAGAAACUAAUUUCCCACAUAAGCAAACAAGCGAUCAAGUUGCGCCAUCGGAUGAAGAGAACAUGA